UACGAUUACCUCCCUUCUUGCAGACAACUUAUUUUACAGACAUAAUUUGAAACAAUGAUUAAGGGGAUGUGUCUUGCAGAAUUCCACCCGACCGCUGGUCCUAAGAUAAAAUAUCAAAUUCCAGAAGAAGUAUUUUCCAAGGAAGACUUUGAUGCAAUCCAUCCUUACAUAAUAACAAAACCAGAUCUGAAAGAGAGGCUCAUUACCUUAAAUACAUUAGGGAAGAAAGUAAUUGGUUGCCCUGUCAUUAUAGAAAACCCGAAAUAUGCCAGGAAUGCAUAUAUAUUUAACCUGUUCUUUGUCAUGGACAGCAAAACAGAAACAACAAAAUAUGAACCAGUUGUGAAGAAAUUAGCUUCAUAUUUAAAGCAGAUAGAGUCUGAGAAUGAAGCCCUUUCACAGGAGCAUAACAGGGAAAACAUCCUUCAGUUCCUGGGAACAUUAAUGCACCAGCUUAAUAAAUAUGGUUACUGUAGUAUAAGGAUGGGUGAAAGUUGUACUGUCCACUUAAAGGUUGCUCCCAAAAUAUAUGAUCCUCCACCUGUUCAAGACCAAGAUGUACCAGUCUUCUUAAAAGAUAAACAGAAUUUGAAAUUAGGUCACUGGGAUUUAACAACACAACAGAUUCUGUCUUAUAUUGAUGGAUUUAAGCAUGUGGCAAAGAUAGCUGGUGAGGCUGAUGUAGAGAUUAACCUUGUGAAGUCUUGUCUGCAGAAUCUUGUACAUUACCAAGUUAUCAAGGUUAUUCCAAUUUUCCAGUAUUCCAAUGUCUACACCACACGUCCAGACAUACAGACACUUUACACAAACAAGAGACUUCAAGAAGAGUGUAUCAAAUAUGUAGCAAAGAAAGGUAGUUUACAACCACCUAAUUUCCGGGACAUUUUCCUACUCUAUUGCUCAUUAGGACCAGGUGUUACAGUCAAAGACAUAUGUUCAAGAUUUAAUCCUCAUGCUCUAAAAAUUGAUGAAAGAAAAUUGAUCCAGUUUGGUUUGAUGAAAGGAUUGGUUCGACGUCUACAGAAAUAUCCAAUCAAAUUUCCUGGAGAUGUUAUGACCUCUGUUAAACUACAACAGUUGUAUCCGUGGUUUAAUGGUCGCCAUAGUUAUGAUGAAAUAUGUUCAAAAACUGGAUUAAGUCAUCAGGACCUAGAAGAAAAGAUAGAGACUGAUCCAAGCAUUGUUAUAUCAUGGAAGUAGACAUGAAACGAUCUCAUUACUUACUGCCUACAGUGAACACAGUGAAGCUUAACUCAUUUUACUGAGAAUGCCUGAAUCAUUGUUUUGCUUCAGAAGAUAGUACACAAAUGAAACAAAACUAAAUGGCACUGUGAUGUGACAAAACGCAACUAUCACAGAAGAUCUGACUGCAAAAAAACAAUAGAGCUAAUGUGGAGAGACCUACAAAUAUAUAUAUACAUAAAAGAUGCAGUGAUGCAUACCAAAUUUUAUUCUUCAAAUUUUGAAUAUAAUUGUUGCAUGUGA